CUGGUGUCUUGGUUUGAAAGGGCAAGAGCUUUUGUGAUUGUCAUCGACCCAAAUGAGAAUAAGUUUUUGAUGCCACUUCUUGAAGACUUCUUUGACUCUGCUUUGCUGAUUUGCAAGUGCACUAAUGAAGGUAAGAAGGAGCUUGUGAAUUUAUUUUUACCUGAACUAGGGCAUCUAGUGACAGAAGCAAAUAUUUGCUGUGCUCUACGGCAGGAGGCUUUGAGAACUCUCAACUCUAUACUUGAUGGUGUCCCACGGGAGGAGAGAAAGAAAUUUCCUCUGUCUGAAGAGAUGUGCUUACUCACGAAAGACCUUGCAAAAACUAUACUGGAGGUUGGUGAUUAUGACCUUCAGGUUGCCCUUUCAGAAGCACUUUGUAGGUUAAUGACAAAAAAAUGGAGGGAUGACCUUGUUCACCACUGGUUUGAAGAUAACUAUCUUGCUGAAGCUUUCAAAGAGAUCAAGGAUAGAGAAUUUGAGACGGACUGCAGAAAAUUUCUUAACCGGCUAAAUGAAAGGCUUGGGAAUAAUGGAAGGAGAGUCUAUUCACUUCCUUGCAUAUCUGCUUUUGCUGACAUGAAUGAGGUGAAGAAGCCAUCAGAUGAGAGGCUGGAGGAGUUCUGGAUUGAUUUCAACACCGGCAGCCAGAGUGUGACAUUCUAUGUGGACAGUGAUGAGGGUGCUCUUUGGGACUCUGUGAGGUUGUCAAAAGAAGCAGUCAGCAGUUACAGCCUGAAGGAGGGUGAUGGAGAAAACGUUGUUAAAAUUUAUAUGAAGAUUCCUGCUACUUUUAACCAAACAGAAGCAACAAAGAUAAAAAUAUCUUUCAGUGCUGAAUUUGAAAUUUUAAGUAUACUUAGAAAGGUCCUGGGAGAUGAAAAAAUGAUGAUAAACGUGGAAGAAGAGGAUUCCGUCCAUGCUGGGAAUCAAACAGGGCAGAAUGAAGCAGUGAUACCAGAGUCCAGUGACCCACAGAGGAGGAAAGAUCCUUCAAACUCUGAAAAUGCAGAAGCUCUGUCAGACAAUUUGGCCUCUCAGCAGAGCCUGCAGUUAACAGACACUGUAACAAAAACUGUUAACUCUGAUGUCACCGUGAUUACAGUGAGCCAGCAGACCGGUGUGGAGGAUGCUAACCAAGGCUCAGCAAAAGAGUCUGCAACUCCAUUUCCAAGGACAAAAGCUAAGACUAGUGAGAAGUCCCUAGAAGAAGAAUCUAUGAAGGAGUCAACACCAAAGAAGGCUGUUACCAGGGAAAAGAGAAAUAGAAAAACAAGUUUGACCAAGCAGAUGACCGAAGACAGGAAGGAAAUAUAUGACUUCGAGAACUCAGACUCUGCAAGUCAUGAAAAGGUUGCUGAAGCCGAAGGAAAGAUUCUUGGCCAAAAAGUUUCUUCACAAAAUCAGAGCAGGAACUAUGAAACAGGAAACAAGAAGGAGGAAUCAAACAAGGUCGAGAGAAGGCUGUCCAGUUACAGGAAACAUCUUUUCUCUGAAAGCAACAAUGAAAACUCAAGCACUGGUCAGAGUGAAAAGAGCUGGAUCCUUGACUCUCAGAAACAGCCAUUGACAAAAUCUCUUGACUAUACCAGAAAAAGACAGAGAGUGAGAAGGAGAUUAAAAGUGCUUCCCAUGUCUUCUGCAAGUAGUGGCAGUGACUAUGAGACAGAGAAGCAGGGAGCACCAAGGCGAAGAGGUCAAAAGGAGAUGCUGAGGAAAAAAAGUACAUCCAACUCCAAGACAGAGGACUUACCUGCAGUGAAUCAUGCUGAUGAAAUGUCCUCAGAGAAGCUUGAAUGGGAUCCACUAUCACUUGAUGCCUCUGCCAAAGGCUAUUCCAGUGAUGCGGAGAAGGCCACGCAGAAGUUUCCUGAUGCAUCUAGCAACUUAGCAAGAGAAGAAAGUUCUAAGCGAAAGGACUCAGAUAUAUCAAGUGGUGCUAUCAUAAAAAAGCCUAAAUUUUCCAGUCAGGAAACAAAUAAUUUGUCCUCUGACACUUCCUAUAAACCAAGGAAACCUCUUGAUUCAGUAGAGAAGGAAGUGGAGAUCCAAACAGGUCAGGAAAUGCAUGAUAGUGUGGAUGCACUUUUUUCCAAGAUUCUGCAUGAAGACUUCACUGAUUCUGGGGUGAUUACUGCAUUUGAAAGCUUUAUUGGUCAACUAAAGAAAUUGUUCUGGUUCCGGUACCAAAGGAUGGAGACUAGUGCACAGAAUGCGCUGAGGACUUCAGAGAAGAAUGUGUCUACCCUGCUGAACCAGAUACAUGAGUGCAGGCUGAGUAAGCUGGAGACCUUCCACAAGGUUGUUGUUGAAGAGCUUGCCAGUCUUGAGAAGGAAACCCAAAUCCUGACAAACAUGGAGAAGGAUGCAGUGGACUUUUGGAAUGUGCAGUUGCUCAAACUGAAUACUUUCUGUAACCAGCAAAAGCAAAGAAUUCAGUCAGACUCGGGCCUGGGCGAAACAGCGAGUUUGGCAGACACUAUCCAGAAUACAACGUAUGAACUCCCAGUGAAGAAAGCAGCAGAAAAUGACGUGUUCAGUAUUCCUUCUGACUAGGAAAUCUGUGAAUUCAUUAAAGCUCUUAACAGUUGGGCAUCUUUAUCCAUCACAGAGAAAAUGGUCCUGUGAAGGAUGUUAAUCUGUUUUAAAAUGAAAGGAAAAAAGAGAAGGAAAAUAAUAUUGAUAUGGAUUUAUUUUUUUUUCUUAAAAAGAAGAUACACUGCCAAGUGGUGCAGUUUUGAUCCCUGAUAUAAAGUUUUUCCUGCAAAAUUGCAGGAUGGGUCUACUAAAUAUCAAAGAAAUAGACAAUGAACUAAAUACCAUUAUUUAGCCACAUAUAUUGGCUUUCUUUGAGUAUUCUGUUAAUACCAUUACAAAAUGCAAGAUCAUUUAAUGGUUGAUUCUAAGUAAAUAUUAUUUACAUAGGAUGAGUCUCCUCAUUUCUUUUUGAACUGACGGCAUUGUGCAUGCCUGUGGAAAGACACUCUGGAAUUGUAUAUAUCCUACGUGGGAUGUGUUAGAGGUGAUCUUUCUUGUGUGCAUCUAGCACUGUGGAAACUGCUGGUUUAAAACCAGAGUUGUUCAAUUCUGAAUUGCAGAGAAAAAUCACAUAGUGACAGCAAACUGGAGACAGUGGGCGGCAAGAAACUUGGAGCAUUGGAGAGAAGAUGGCAAGUGAAGCAGGAAAGAUUAUUUUUAAAACCAGUGUCUACUGGCUUCUAGAAAAGCUCAAAGUAGAGUGAACAAUGUUAGGAUUAGAUGUACUAGCAUCAAAGGUCUCUUGAAAGUGAGUAGCAGGUAAACCAUUCUAUUUAACAUCAUCUUUCCCUUUGACAGAGUUCCCUAAAUUGCAAUUGCUCUUCACAAACUUAAUGCUGUGGUGGGCUGCACAUAUACUUGUGCAUCUUAAUAAAUUUGUGAGAGCAUGGCAUUUUCCCAAGCUUUGUGUUUCUAUCUACUUAUCUUACAAAACUGACCUCAGCUUGUUGUGGGGGUUGAAAUGGAGGGAAUCAUUCCCUGCAUGCAAUGUACUCAUGACCAAAGCCCACUUCUGCCAAGGUUUGUUUCAACACUGAAUGUCUUUGGGGGUGCUGAAACUAUUCCUUCUUGAUAAAAUUACUCAGGGUACUGCAACAAUGAGAAGCUGCUGUUGCUAUCAUAGUCGCUUUCUGGAAAACGUUUAUUCCUUUAGCUUAAGUAGUCCUGCAUGGAGUUGCCAUGAGUCAGGGCUCUACUCCUGUCCAUAUCAAGGGGUGGCUGGUUCUUUCCUUCUGGGCUGCAUUAGAGGAAGAGAACUCUUCAUCCCUGCCCUUCCCAGAGUUCCAGCUCUGCUAGACUGCCCUGCUACUCACAAUGUGAGGGGCUGAAGCGCUGUGAUUUGGCAUCUGCUACCUUGCAGUUAUUUCUCCAAGGGCUGGCCCUGGUGACUUGACUACACUGCAUCCUCCUGCUGCUCUUAAUCUUUCUAGCUGCUGUCUGAAUCUAGUUUCUCAAAGCAUUUGGCUAAAGUGUCUGUAUGUCUUGGGAGAUGAUGCUGUAAUCUCCAUGAACAGCUCUACUUAUGCCUGGUAAAGGUGCUUUAGUUUUGUAGUCCAGUAACGGAGUUGUCUGUGUGCUUUGUGCCCCACUGGGGUUGGUGAUAUGUUGUGGAUGCACCAGCAGUGUCAUUAACAAAAACAGACUCUGAGAUACCAGCCUGAGCAGUCCAAGCAUCCCUUCCUAGUGCCUUGUGCCAGGUCCAAAAUGGAAAACCAUUUGGAGCUUUUAUUACCUGAGUAGUAAUGCCAAAGUGCUGGGCCAAGAGUGUGGUAAGGGCUUGAACUGCCCUGCUGCUCGUUAUAAUAAUCUAGAGGACACAAAGUGUCCCCUUUAUAUUUGUUAGCAUGAAAUAUUGCUCCCAGUCCCAAGUACCAAAGUAUGUGUUCUAGCAGUUCCUGGGUAAAUGGUUAUAUACUGUUGUUUUUAUUCCCCAUGACCUGGCAAAACAUAACGGAUGCAACCAGACCUAACAAAGCGCUUGAUGUGAAGCAGACAUAAGAAAUGAGAGGAGAUUUCCACACUAUGGCUGCUUUUGUAUGCAGGAUUCUGCAAAGCCACUGAAACAGCAUCAAUAACCUGCAUCACUGGGGCAUGUGUUAUCUUUCCAGUGAAUGUUGCCUUGGCUGAUUUAGGCUUACUCACCUGUAUCUCUAAGGACCUUACUGCCCAAAGGGAAGGUUUGAAAUAGGAAGAAGGCUGUCUCUGCUUUAAGGAUAUUUUUAUUUCUUCAUAUUUUUUUUUUUUUUAGAUAAUGAUGAUAUGAUUUGAUCUUUCAUUUUGGAAAUGUUGUUUGAUGGCUUCAUUGCUGUCUAACUUGGCAUUUAAGCUUUGUCAGCACAACGGAGUAGAUGCAUAGCAAGUCUUCUUUUGCUCUGUUUCCCUGUCCUUCAUGUGUGUUGGCACAAUGCUCUCUUGACAUCUCCUGCAACGUUUUGGAAUGUUUUUCAUCCAAGUAUCUUUGCCAGAUAAUAUACAGAAACAAGACUAGUGUACACUGUAUCUCCCGCUGCUGAAUCUC